GUAGUGGCAGUAGAUACCACAACAAGGUGUACGUGCAGCACUAAGUGGGUGAAUAUACCACAACGCUUGUAGAAUCCGGACAACUGCUCAGUAGCUGCAUCCCACACACUAAGAAAUGCACAUAUAGCUGUAUAUAAAAGUAGCUAUUUGUCAAUGUUAGCUUAGAAAAGUUAGCUUACUUCUUUCACUGUUCACAAUGCAGUGUUUGUCUUUUGCUAGGAACAUAAUGAACGGAUACCAGCUAUCAGCAGCCAUGAUUCCCUACAGUGCCUAUGGACUCUCUCAAGAACAAGUUGCUUGUGUCUGUGAUGUACUGCAGCAAAGCGGCAAUAUUGAAAGACUAGCAAGGUUCCUUUGGAGCUUGCCAGCCUGCGAGCAGAUCCAGAAGAAUGAGAGCGUUUUAAAAGCAAAAGCACUCAUUGCUUUCCACCAAGGUAGCUUCCAAGAGUUGUACAGAAUAAUCGAAAGCAACUCUUUCUUGCCCGAAUCUCAUCCUCGAAUGCAACAGCUCUGGCUGCAAGCUCACUACAUAGAGGCUGAACGCCUACGUGGAAAGCCACUAGGUGCUGUUGGCAAGUACAGAAUCAGGAGAAAGUUUCCUCUGCCUAGGACAAUCUGGGAUGGAGAAGAGACCAGCUACUGCUUCAAAGAGAAGUCAAGAGUGAUCCUGAGGAACUGGUACACCUCCAAUCCCUACCCAAGCCCAAGAGAGAAGCGUCAACUUGCAGAGCAGACAGGUCUAACUACCACCCAGGUCAGCAACUGGUUCAAGAACAGGAGACAGAGAGACAGAGCCUCCGAGACCAAACCAGGUCAAGGAAGUCCUAAUCCUCACUCUCUAAAGGACAACGUGAAAAGGGAAGAUCUGAGCCCUUCAAUAGAUGGUGACCUUCUCUCACCUAAAGAAGCACUAUUGGCUGCCUCUGACCUCGACCCUUCAACACUCCCUGAAGACUCUACUGAUUCAUUAUCAAGCCUUCCUAACUCACCUGGCACAGAGGGCUCGAUUAGAGACUCUGAAGAAUUCACAAAACUGUCUGUGUACUCUCCCACACAAGAUUCCCGUCAAUUUUCAAUCCCUGAAGAUAUCGCUACUGAAGCUCAGACAGACACUUCUCUACCGAACGUACCAGACAGCAAACACUUCGGCAGCUUGAGUGAAUCAGAGUACUCAGCCUCUUCCUCCACAGAGGCCAGCUAUUACGCGGCCAAUCCACCCUCAACUCGUGGCUAUGCCUACUCCCAAUCAUCCAUGUCUCCUAACUCUCUCAUCAGCCCAGCCACUGCCUAUCCUGGAUUCAAUCCGACUUUCUCCGGCUCUGAUGGUGGAGCGAUGAUGAUGAGUACUGGCAUGUACAAUCCAGCCUGUAUGAGCCCCACAGCAGCAUACAUGAGUCCCUACGGAACUUCAAGCAAACAGUACGCAUGGCCGUCCACGCCCAAUGGUGUGAACUAUGGUGCCGCUUUUGGAGCCCAUGAUCUGAUGUCAUCAGGAUAUGCAGCUGCCUCGUAUCAGCCAAACUACUCCCAAAUGACACGAUCUAAUUAUCCAACAGCUGCCUACUUCCCCUCCACACAGAUGCCGGCUACAACUAGUCCGACAUGUUAAUAAAAGGAAUUUCUGAUUCCUCUCCGACCAUACAAUGAUCAACACUCAACAGCUCAAAUCCGACCCUCAACAUUAUAGAUACUCAAAAUUUCGACAAUAUCUUUUAAUCUUAUAAUGAACUUCUCAUUUAUCUUUCAGUUUUUUUCCAUGCUCCAUAGAUAUUUUGGAAUACUGUCUUAUAACUCUUCAAAGACAGUAUACUUGGCAGUAUGCCUCUCACUUCUAGGUUUUAUUUUUGUACAGUCAGUUUAUAUUUAGUGAUAUUGUAAGUAACGCUAACCUAUACGUAACUGUUACAAAGAAAUUUUUUAACUAGA